CCCUUCGGCAGACGUUCGUGCUUGUCUGUCCAUGUGAUCAUCGCCUCCCGGAGCUGCGUGAUUUCACAUUGGACAGCCUUUUGGAGCAUUUUUCUAGCCGAGCAGUGCAUCGGAGAAUACAAGAAGAUCGCAUCACACCGUAAUAUCAUUGCACACGUCAAAGACGUGGCUUCAGUUCACAAUAUGAGGGACAUCACGACUGUAGAAAUCUUGGAGCUGUAUGGAUUCUUCGAAAGUCCAGGGUUUUUCAUUUCUGUUCGUGCGCCUGCACCCACUGGCACCGCCGCCUAG